AAAGGUUCCCCUCUUCAAGCACAAAGGCAUUGUAGAAAGAGGAAAAACUUGGGGAAAACACAGUCACACGUGUAUUAGCCCUCAGAAGCCACAAGCUUGACCUGCAAGCAUGGUCACUGCCUCUUCCACAGCUCCAAGUGGAACCAGGAUGAACUGGCAGGACAUUUUCAAAGAGAAGCUUGCAAAAAUGCAUGUAACAGAGCAGUGGACACUUCAGGAGGAUGAUACCCUGCAGGCGCAGGCCCUCAGUCCUGGCUGGAAGGAGUUUGUGCAGCGCCAUGCUCUUGGCAGGUUUCAGUGCUCCCAGUGCUGUCGUAAGUGGACUUCGGCCAAAGUGCUCAUCCUGUUCCACAUGUGCCGGUGCCCAGGCCGGGGCACAGUAUGGAUGCGAGUCUUUCGCCAGGAAUGCAGGUGCUGCCGCAACUCCCAGCUGGAGUAUCCUGAGUUCAGCCUGGAGACUGUGGAGAGGAUUCUGCACAAUCUGGUGGAUGUAGUGGGACCUGGAGAUUGCAAAGAGGAGCUGAGGUGAUUGCUCAGGGAGCUGAUGGAGUGCCUGGAAAACUGG